UUGAUUGUGGUCUCCAUAACAAUACAGUUGAUCGAUUUUAAGGAAAGGGUGAUCUUUGGACUAAUUGGCCUUUGUUUCCUGAAUUGGCGCUUUGUAUAUUUACAAUCUCAAAUUUUCUUCGUCGCUAAGGUAAGGAGGAAAGAUCAAUAGGAGCUCUCAGUCUCAGCUUCUAGGAGACCUAGCCGGAGCCGCCACAGCAAGAAGUAAGGAACAAUGGGGAAGAAACCGUCUGGGACCAAGCAAGCAUUUUUCGUCUUCGGAGCCUUGGCACUGGGUUGGCUCGCUAUUGAGAUGGCUUUCAAGCCCUUCCUCGAUAAGGCCCGCUCCGCCAUGGACAACUCUGAUCCCGCUCAGGAUCCCGACGACCUUGUCGAUAACCAAUCUGAUCAGAGCCCAUCUGAUGACGAUCAAAGUACCACUGCCACUGCUUAAACAGGUGAUUUCAAGGAGGGUGGUUUAUCUGUAGGGACAAAAAGGAUGGAAUGGAGAGACAGCGAUGCAAAUGGUUGUACCAAAAUUGUUGAAUAAACAUGAUCGCUAAGCGAGAGCUUCCGAAGCUUUCUUUUUGUCUUCGCGUACCCAUCUGGGUAUUGCGUUCGGAAAAAUGAAAAAAAUAUCGUACAAAUAAACAUUUUGCCAGACAAGCUUUUAGCUUGUUGUUCUAAUUUCUGAAAUGUUAAGAUAUGAUUGCAAGAUUUUGGUUU